AUGUCGACAUAUCGCGGCCGCACGGGGCCUAACUUCUCAGAGUAUUUGAACAACUUGAAUACUUUGGCCUCCCCUUACGACCAGGAGCAUUUCUCUCCCGACGAAAUCGAGUUGAACCAGGACCUGGCUAUGUUCACGAACACCGACUUCACUCACUUUGACAUGCCUCCUUUGCCCGAAGACGGUUCCUUCAAUUUCGAUGUGCACGACUCGAAGAACAACCCAAAUGUCAAGUACGAGGAUCUUCUCUCAGGCCCUGAACCGGUCCAAGCCUACCCUCCACCGAGCAUGGAGACGUCGGGAGUUGAGUCUGCGACGUAUUACAGUACCUACAACACACCCAUUCAACCUGCGCCCGCACCAGGCGUUGUCAACAUUGAGCACCGCGCCUCUCCGACCGCAUCGAUAUCCGGUCCAUCACAGUCAUCGCGCAGGAAGACCGAGCCUACUGACCCCAGUACCCUCAGCGCCGAGGAAAGAUCUCGGUUGGCUGCUGAGGAAGACAAGAGGCGGCGAAACACAGCUGCCAGUGCCCGAUUCCGUGUGAAGAAGAAGCAAAGGGAACAGGCUUUGGAGCGCACCGUGAAGGAGGUCCAAGAGAAGAACGCGAAGCUGGAGGCAAGGCUAUCUCAACUGGAGAUGGAGAACAAGUGGCUGAAGGACCUGAUUACCGAGAAGAACGGGCUUCAAUCUAAGGAGGAGAUGGCGGCGGCUUAUCAACAAUUCCGCAAGGAGAGCGAAGAGCGUGAACUGAAAUCCUCCGAGCACACGACCGGGGUUGGUACCAACUGA